UAAGCCACAAAAUCUCUCUCCUCCGCGGCCGUUUCCCUUUCCAUUUUUCCUAGCCUCCUCCUUCUCCUCUCAGAAUCGCGCACGAUUACUUCCCUUGCCCGCUUUCCUAAACUCGCGAGAUCGAGACCUAAUGGCAGUGGAAGAGGCGGCGGAGAGCUGCGGCAGCCACGCCGCGGCGGCGGCAUCGCGCGGAGGCGCGGGUUCGUCGUCGCCGCCGGCCGCGUCGGGGGCGCAGUCGCGGAAGCAUCAGCAGCAGCAGCGCCACAAGCUGGAGGUGUACACCGAGGUGCUGAGGCGCCUCCACGACGCCGGCAUCCCGGAGGAGCAGUCGCCGGGGUUCGAAGACGAGCUCUGGAGCCACUUCAACCGCCUUCCCGCCCGUUACGCGAUGGAUGUGAAUGUGGAGAGGGCGGAGGACGUGCUCACGCAUAAGCGGCUCUUGGAGCAGGCCAAGGAUCCGGCGCAGCGGCCGGCUUUCGCCGUGCGGGCCGUGCAGGUGUCUCCAAUUCUUGAUGGGAAUCAGACUGAUGCUGAUUCAAACACUGCAGGGGAGGAAGUUGCUUCAAGGUUGUUGAACAGGCAACAAAGCAUCCACCCUCCUCCUGCCUUCGGUUCAUCUACAAACCUCGAGGCUCUUGCUCUUGAAGCCAGCAAGUCUCAAGGCCAAGAUCAUGAUAGCACCUCCGAUAAUGUUCGAUCUCUCUACAGACCCAUGCAUGAAAUCACCUUCUCUACCAUUGACAAACCAAAGCUUCUCAGUGAGCUGACAUGUCUGCUUGGCGAACUUGGACUCAAUAUUCAAGAAGCACAUGCAUUUUCAACAAAUGAUGGCUAUUCGCUCGACGUUUUUGUUGUUGUUGGUUGGCACGCUGAGGAAACAGAGGAUUUAGUUGAAGAAGUAAAGAAAGAAAUCAGCAAAAUUGAGGAGACACAAGCAUGGUCUUCAUCUCAUUCAUGGUCUUCUCCAGUUGACAAUAUGCAGAUCGUGGAGAACUCAGCACCUGAUCAUGUUGAAAUACCUACAGAUGGUGCUAGUGAGUGGGAAAUUGAUGUAAAACUACUCAACUUUGGGAAUAAAGUAGCAUCCGGAUCAUAUGGUGAUCUUUACCGGGGUACAUACUGUAGUCAAGAUGUUGCUAUUAAAGUGCUCAAACCCGAGAGGGUCAAUGCAGACAUGCAGCGUGAAUUUGCCCAGGAAGUUUAUAUUAUGAGAAAGGUUCGUCACAAGAAUGUUGUGCAGUUUAUUGGUGCGUGCACUAAGCCUCCAAGGCUUUGUAUAGUUACAGAAUAUAUGUCCGGUGGAAGUGUGUAUGAUUACCUCCAUAAACAUAAAGGUGUCUUCAAGCUCCCUGCCUUGGUUGGAGUUGCAAUUGAUGUGUCAAAAGGCAUGAGCUACUUACACCAGAAUAAUAUCAUUCACCGAGAUCUGAAAACCGCCAAUCUUCUUAUGGAUGAAAAUGGGAUGGUUAAGGUCGCGGAUUUUGGGGUUGCACGCGUUAAGGUUCAAUCUGGAGUAAUGACUGCAGAAACUGGGACUUACCGUUGGAUGGCCCCAGAGGUCAUUGAACACAAGCCCUAUGACCACAAGGCUGAUGUUUUUAGUUUUGGAAUUUUGAUGUGGGAACUACUCACGGGGAAGAUUCCUUAUGAGUACCUGACACCAUUACAAGCAGCUGUAGGUGUGGUUCAGAAGGGAUUGCGGCCUACAGUACCUAAAAAUGCUCAUGCAAAGCUUGGUGAGCUUCUUCAGAAGUGUUGGCAGCAGGACCCCACUCAAAGGCCAGAUUUCUCUGAAAUAUUAGAAACUCUUCAGAGAAUCGCAGAGGAGGUUGGAGAUGAGCACGAGGGAAAGCACAAGGAUAAAACCCUCGGGGGAUUCUUUUCGGCUUUGAGGGGUAGAGGACACUAAAGUGGAGCGAAUGUACAUGGUUGAGAUCCAUUUGGAAGGGUUGAGCCUCUGCGCAAAGAUCAAUGCAUGUUCCUGAGCAUACCGAGUGCCAGUACAUUGAGAUAUGUCUGCUGCAAUGAACCGAAAUGGCAAUUUUCUGCUGUGGUUUGUUACAUCAGCCGCCACCAAUAGAUUUUCUGUUUAUUACUUCCGGGUUUCAUUACAUGGUGUAACAUAGAAAGUGAGUGCUUGUGAAUUGUACAUUAUUUAAUCUGAUUCUUCUAACAGGUUGUAGUCCGCAGAUGAAAUAAUAAGCCAAGUCUAGGGCAUGUUGUUAUUCUUUUCAGUGCCCAUCA